AUGGAAUCUCAGCUUGCUUACGAUGUGUACAAACCUAUAGAUCCGAAUAGUGCCGUUUUAAACCUCGAGGAUUUAUUUAAUCAAUUAAACACUUCAAAUGACCCCGAUAAUGAACUGAUCCAAUCUCUUCCUUCACUGAUCGCUGGUCUCGAAAGUUGCAAGAAAAUAAUAUCAAACCAGAGCUCGACUUCAGAAAGUAAAACAGAUGCUUGGUCUAAAGUAUCGAAAACAGUGGAGAUGAUUGCGAAUUUUGCAAAAAAUGGUAAAAUUUCACGCGAUCCACUUGAAGCUUCUGGUGUUGUAGAAUUAAUAGUUCAACUUAUGCAACUUAAUGACACUCAAUCAUAUCAUCCAGUCGAUUAUCAAUGCCUUCGAGCACUCGCAAAUUUUUGUAUUUACAGUG